AUGGUUUCAUCAUCUUCUCGUCGGCCUUCUUCUUACGAUGUAUUUAUCAAUUUCAGAGGUGCAGAUACUCGUCAAAACUUUGUCAAUCUACUUGACGAUGCUCUAAGAAGAAAUGGAAUCUAUGCCUUCAUAGAUAGCAAAAAACUCAGGGAAGGAGAAGAGAUUUGCUCAUCCCUUGUAAGUGCAAUUCAAGGGUCUGAAAUCUCGAUUGCUGUCUUCUCUAAGAACUAUGCAGAUUGCAAAUAUUGUCUCCUGGAACUUGCUAAGAUAUUGGAGUGUCAUUUAUUUGAAGGUCAAACCAUUCUGCCUAUAUUCAUUGAUAUUGAGCCACUGGAUGUUCGACAUCAGACGGGAAGCUUUGAAAGACCAUUUCAGAAACACAAGAAGAGGUGUGAGUCGGCUGAUGUAAAGAGUUGGAAGAAUGCUUUAACAGAGGUGGGGAAAUUAAAGGGAUGGACCCUCAAGGGGGAUGCAAACAUUGAGGAACAAUCAAAUGUAAUCAAGGAAGUUGUUCAAAGGGCUCUGAGAGAACUAGACAACACGCCCUUGGAUGAAUGUAGAUAUCCUAUUGGAAUUGAUCUCCACAUACAUAAACUACUUUCUCUAUUAGAAAUUGAUUCCGAUGAUGUACGAUUUGUAGCAAUAUGUGGCAUGGGUGGACUCAGAAAGACAACUAUUGCAAAAGCUGUCUACAACAGAAUCUUUCAAAACUUUAAAGGGAGCAGUUUCCUUAAAGAUGUAAGUGAAGAAGCAUCACGUAGAAAAAAUGGUAUAGUUUCUUUGCAAAAGAAACUUCUUCAAGAUAUCUUCAAAGAGGAUUGGGACAUAAGCAAUGUUUCUGGAUAA